UCCGCUUCCCUGCCGCCGCGCCCUUCCGCUUCCUGCCGGCCGGGGCUGAGGGGCGGUGCGGCCCCAGGAGCGCGGCAGUUCUCCAAAUGGCUUCUUUUGGGUGGAAGAGAAAGAUUGGCGAGAAAGUUUCCAAAGCUACUUCCCAGCAGUUUGAAGCAGAAGCGGCGGAUGAGAAGGACCUGGCUGAUGAGGAUGAUGCGACCUGGGUGCACGCAACCAAGAGGAGAAAGGAAGUUCUCCUGGAGGACUGUGUAAAGAGAAGUAAGGAGCUGAAGGAAGAAGGUGCAAAUUUGGCUGAAAAUAGGAGGUACCGAGAGGCUAUCCACAAGUUUGAUGAAGCACUUCAGUUAACUCCAGAGGAUGCUACGCUUUAUGAGAUGAAAUCGCAGGUCCUGAUGUCUUUACAUGAAAUGUUCCCAGCAGUGCAUGCAGCAGAAAUGGCUCUCCAGAGAAACCCACGUUCCUGGGAUGCCUGGCAGACUUUGGGGCGUGCCCAGCUUGGAUUAGGAGAGAUAGCACUGGCAAUCCGAAGCUUCCAGAUGUCCUUACACAUCUUUCCAAUGAACCCUGAAGUAUGGAAAGAGGACCUUUCCUGGGCAAGAAAACUACAUGAGCAGCAGAAGGCAACAAAGACUGAGGCGGUGCAAGCACUGGCAAACGAGAAACAGCUUGCACAAGAAUCAAUCCCAGACUACGACUUUGAAAGUGAUGAAAUUGUGGCAGUCUGUGCUGCCAUCGCAGAGAAGGAGAAGGCUCUUCCGGCAGCUAAAACAGUAGUGAUUGUGUCUGCUUCAGGCACAGUAGAGACUGUUACUGAGAAGGAGAAUUGUCCUGCAACUCCUGAUGAAACCCUUUUCAUCAGAGCCCGAUAGGGUAGCCUUAGAGGCUGCCACGCUGUUUUAAGAACUGAUGUCAUUUAUUGUAUUGGGCUUGCUUUGGUUUUGUUUUUUAAGCAGUGGGAGGGCCUACAAAAAUUGACAAAUUGGAAGUUAUUUUUCUUUUGUAAAUUCAAAAAGCAAUGACCAGAGUUGUUGUUCCAUCCAUAUUUUUGGAGAAGAAAGCCAGGAGCUGAUUCUAAAAAUCUUAUGCACAAAUGUAAUUUAAAAUGCUUAACUACAUUCUAACAACUGCUUUUAUCUUUAUGUAUUUCAUAAUUUUACAAGUUAAUGUCUACAUCUUCCCAGUAAUUAAUAAGCUUUUAUUUACACUGUAAAAAAGAAAGUUUUAAAAAAAUCUAUUUCAACCCUUACUUGUUAACAUUAUUUAUCUUCCACUUACAGUGUGAGCUGUUCUCUGUUAUCAGAAGUCUUUGUUUUCAUCAAGACUACUUUUUCUAUGAGGAAGUUUCCUGUGAAGCAGUGAUGGAUUGUUAUUUUGCUUGUGUGUGUGUGAUAGAUCUGGCAUAUGGUUUUGUCCGCAGGACACAGGUAUCCAGCGCCGUGUGAGCGGUGCCGCCCGGGGGGAGCGGGACAGAAGCCGCUUGGAGCGGGCUGGGGGGGGGGAGCGGCCGUUCCGUAAUCUGUUCCGUAAUCGUGUUUGUAUAUUCCUCUGUCCGUGUUGUUGUUGUUGUUUUCUUGUUCCCCUUGCUGUGCUGUUAAACUGCCUUUGUCUCAACCCCAGAGUUUUGCCUUUUUUUCUUCUGGUUCUUCCCGUGUUGGGAAGGCCCCAGUGAGCGGCAGGUGGUUUUUUGUUGCCGUCUGGGGCCAAAGCACGACAGGUUUGUAAUCAAGUGAAAUCAGUGGAGACCUGUAUGUUGCUUUCACAGGUGAAUGUGUUAAAAGCUUUCUGAUUAGAUGAAAGGAAACACUAUAGCAAACACCCCUGAGUGUUUAGUUAUUACUAAAUGUUUCACCAGGAGAAAGAAUAUUCAGCUGAGACUGAAACUGGCCCGUCCUUAUCUUGAGUGCUGUGCUACAGACAUCACCAAAAGUAAAAUGGUGGGAGCUGGAAAUAUGUAUGUCUGAAGUGUAUUGCGGUCAGCCUUUUCUUUCCUACUGAGGCUAAUCUGAUAAAGGGCGUCAAUUUGUUUUUCCUAAUUCUUAUGACCUGCCAUUUAAAGUGUGUUCUUAGUGAACCAGUUUUUCAGGACAGCAUUGCCUGAGUCUCCCUUUUUAUCGUUUUCGGAUUUUGGAUGCUGUGGUGAGUAUUCACAUUGUGUUAACUUAGAGGCAUAAAGUAGGAGAUUUGUUUAAUGUUCGUCUUUCUUUAGGGGAAGGUGGCUGUUGGUCCUCGGAUGGGCAGUUCAGCGAAAUGAAGUCACCCUGCUUCUUUGAUGCGCUCUGUGCUGAGACUGCUCUCUUUUCACUGUCUCGGUGACAUGGUCACCUCCUAACGGGACUGGAAAAAAUAGUCAGCUGAGGAAUUCCUGGGGAAUUUAGGAUUGGGAACACGUCAUUUCUACUUUAUAACAUUUUGCAUGAUGGAAACAUUUGAGUAAUAGUUUUGUAGACAAGUGAAACCUUUUGAAGUCAGUCAUCUUUUCCUUUUUCAUAUCUAUUUUCAAAAUAACACAUUUUAAAAGGAAAUAACAUCGCUCAAGAAACAGUGAUUUUUGCAACAGAAAGUGUAUUGUAGAAAAAUUUAUGUCAGGUCAUACUUUCAGUUGAGUAUCAGAGGACGCUUACAGUCUUUUUGUUGAAAUUAAUUAUCCCUUUCAAAAACUUAAUUGCUGUGUUGUACUUACUAAGUUUUCAUCAAUUUGCAAGAUUCUUCCUGAGUGUAUUUUUGUGUAUAUGUGAAUUUUUAGAUCUGUGCUGUCACGCACGCACACAAAAAAUUUACACUUUUUAACAUCUCCUGAGUAUUCAGAAUAAUUAUAAUUACAGCAACUGAAAUAUAUUAAGAAAUAUAAAACUUCACCAUGCUACAUUUUUAUUUGUUCUUUCAGUUCAGAAAUAGAUCUUAAAUGCUUACUGAGUAGGCAUUUGGUUGAGAUACAGCUGUUCCAGUUGUCCCAGCUGAAGAAUUUCCUAAUCUUAUUUUUUUCAUAACAACCUAAAUAAUACAAUCUGUUGAGCCAUAGGAAGAGUUAGUAUGAGAAGGAUUUGAGUAGAUUUCUUCAAAGAAGGAACACUCUCUGGCUAGAAGAGGAGAUGAGUGAGAAGCUGUAAGGUAUGUUUUCAUUUUGAAAGGAGCUCAGCUAUAAUCCAACACAUCUCUUCUGUCUUUGCGCUUUAUGCAUGUGCCAGUGUGAUGUAUUUACUCGUGCAGGCAGAGCUGCCUCCCGGCUUUCAGAGGGACAUGUUAUCACAGAAUCAGUUUCCAGUGAAAUAAUUACAGAACUCCUAUUGGCUUCAGCCCUGCUGGGCCAAGCUAAUGGAGAGCUGUGCAGCCACCACACCAUCAGGCAGAACGGCUGUGCCAGGUUCGAGGGGUGUUUGUUUCCAUCCCCUGUACUAAACUCGUUUUCCUUCUGAUUAGAUUAGGUUAUGAAUUCUAAGUAUUGUCAGGACUGUGGUGUCUUGUAGAGCACUGUAGAGCAGAUAAGUUCUUGUGACGCUGUUCUCUUCAAACUGGGAAGAUGUUCAAAAAUUGAUGAUUUCAACAUUGUCUUUUGUACAGCAUGCCGUGUUUUGCAUGUAUGGGAUUUUUUGGAUCUCUUUUGAAUAAAAGAGUGACAUCUCUG